AUGGCCGAGAGACAGUGGAAUGGACCAUUCGACCGAUCGACUUCGAUUGGCCGAAAGUCGAAGACGUAUCUAAUAAUUUUAAACACGCCUAUCAAGAUUUCCCAUCAAGCGUGUCCUAACCGAGUCUUCGAAGACCUUUGGGAGCUUUCCGAUUGCAGGAUCUGUGCCGAUGGAGGAGCCAAUCGAUUAUACGACUAUUGCUCAGAUUUGGUCAAGGCUGAAGAGACGCCAGGAGCAAAUCGAAGAAUGUUGAUACCAGAUUAUAUCAAGGGAGACUUGGAUUCAAUUCGGCCACAAGUCAAACAUUUUUUUGAAAAUUCUGACUGCCACAUCACUCGAGAUCAAGACCAAGACUCGACGGAUUUUGGGAAAUGUCUGGCGCUAAUCGAAGAGCUUGAAAGUCGACCUGAUUCGAAUGACUCUAACGACCAUCCCACUGGCCUGUUGCUCAUUCAUGGUGGUCUUACUGGAAGACUCGAUCAAACUAUUCAUACCCUUCACACUCUUCUCUUAAGGCUCGGCUCACCACCAACUUCGCCAGGCGAUCUACCCCAGGGCUUACCAGAAACUUGGUUAGUAGAUACAGAUGCUGGAAGCAUGGCUUGUGCUCUUGAGCGGGGGGUAAAGCAUCUCUUGCCCAUCCCACCAAGUUGGAGGCAGGGAGCGAGCCCGUUGACAUGCGGAAUUCUACCGAUCGGAAUCAAGCAGGCUACCGUGACCACGAGAGGUCUAAAGUGGAACUUGAAUCAAGCAAAAACUUCGAUCACCGGACUACUAUCGACUUCGAAUCACAUUCUGACCAAGACUGAGGUGGUCCAAGUGGAGAGUGACGACAGAGUGGUCUGGACAAUCGAAAUCCCUGAAAGUGCCAUGCGAUGA